AUGGUCAUUCUUGCAAAUGACGAGCAAAUUCGAUCAGUCACUUUACGUACUCUCAACAAUGGAUUCCCCAGCAGCCAUCCAAAUGCUUCGAUCACUGUUCCCUUGCCUUCGCUGGACAAACAAGCGAAAGAACUCUUCACGAUUCACGCAUAUCAUUUCAUGGAGUGCAAUUCAUCCCGCAACCGAGAAGCACUCAUCGUUUCCACGGUUCACUCGACAGCAACCGAUAGAAUUUCCGAUUCACUCCGCGCAUUCUCAUCGCAUCCACCGGUGCCAUUUCAUCGACGAUUCUCAUCUGGAUCUCAGUCGGCAGCUCCUCGAGACGAAAUGGGAAACAUUCGUCGAUUGUUUCCUUUAGCUUUCCCUCCUCUGCUUCCCGUUUGCGAACUUCUUUCAAUGGCCGACAAGCAAGAGGCAUUCAGGCUGAAAUUUUAUGAUUUU